UUGUGUUAAGAAAAUCAACAUGGCGCGGUUGCGUUUUCCUGGACGGCCUGGCAAUCGAUUUGAUCGGUAUGGAAUAAGAUAUGGUGCCGAUGAAGCUAGGCAAACUACAGAUCCAACUCUAGCAAUAGUAGCCAGCAUUCAUAAAGGUUUACAACGAUUCAGGGACUUAUUCGGAGAUUCAGACGAGGUACAUAAACUAUCCCCACGAUAACACACACUCUCCUUUUCAAAAUGGCUUCCUUCGAUUUGUCAUUAUUAGAAAUUUUACAAUCAAUGAAUCACUACAUUAUUACUUACGUUUUUUUAUUGCAUCUGCAUAAGGGAAUAUGAUUGUCUGAAAUAGUGUGAGUGUUUACUUACUCGAACUUUAAAUAUUACCGUAAAUAUCGAAUCACAACAAUUGGUCUACCGGGUCACACUACUAAGAAAUCAUAAAUGAGGAUGAAGUACCAAAACACUUCUUAUUCUUAGCAAUUUGUCAUUUAAGCCUUGGUCUACAAUCAGUUGCAAUGUAUAUAGUAUAUGUAGAUGACUUUAAAGUUGAAUUCGUAUUUUACAUGCAGUCUUCUUGUCAGUUGAUGAGAUCAUCAUUCAAAUCAAAAUGAAUUAUUCAAUGAAUUGGCUCUAAUGUCAUGACCAUGAUCUUGAUAAAUAAAAUAAUAAAGUUAAAGACUAACACUGUUGACUAAGUAAUCACUAAUGAAAAUGAAGCAAAGUUUGCCAUUUUAUUAAACAAUGGAAAAGUAUGAAUGGAAUAGGUCAAUUGACUUAAAUAAUUUUAGAUCAGAGUAAAUAGACCAUAAAUUAGUGUUGUCCUUGCCUUAUCAGUUAAAUAUCUUAGUCUGUUGAAUAGCUUAUGCUUGCCUAUAUUUUGAAAUUUGUGUUUAGUGCUCUUCAAAAAUGGGAUUAUUUGACAUAUGUUGCAUAAUCUGGCAUGAAGUUUAAAACCAUUUCAAGAGAAGAAGUUUUCUAAUUUUUCAUUCCUAUGAAUUGUUUUUUUUUUUUUUUCACUUUCUGAAUGGAUUAUAAUUCUCCAGCAAUUUGUUCCAAAUUAGGAAGUCAAUUCUGAUAAUGAUUUUUAAACAUAAACCAUUUCAAGAGAAGAAGUUUUCUAAUUUUUCAUUCCUAUGAAUUGUUUUUUUUUUUUUUUUUUCACUUUCUGAAUGGAUUAUAAUUCUCCAGCAAUUUGUUCCAAAUUAGGAAGUCAAUUCUGAUAAUGAUUUUUAAACACUCAAAUUAAUUUUAAAAAUCUUGCUGUCUAAAUUAUAUAAGAAUCACAUGACAUUUCUAGCUUUAAAUGGCACAUAUUAUUUUAAGCUCAUUCAUACCUAUGCACUAAUAUAACUUUCUUUUGUUUUAUCAUGUUUAAUAACUUAAUCAUCUGGGUUUAAUUUCAUAAUUUCUAAAAUUUAUUAUUCUCUGCAGAUGUGAAUUAAUGAAAAAUAAUUCCUCAAUAAUAUAUACAGUAAAUCGUUAUUUUUUCUGAACUAAUUGGAAACAUUGUUUUUUUGGAUAACCAACUGACACGGAAAGGUUGCACUAAAGAAGCUUGCGUGAAGAAAACAAAUAUUCUUACCUGCCUGAUAAUUAUUAAUGUUUGGUGCUUUAUUGCAUUUCUUUUAACCUUUUUUUUGUGCUUGAGGCCCACUUUUUAAACAUUUAUUUAUCUCCCUGGUCCCCUUCCUGUUAUUAAUAUUGAAAAACAGCUCUUUUUAAGUCCCUUUUCUCCAAGUUUUCAUGGUUCACAAACAAGUUUGAUGGGGGGGGGGGGGGGGGGCACACAACCAUAUGUGAUAUGUGAUAAGUAGCUGAUUGAUAUUAAAAAAUGGAGAGAACUGGAAUUAUUUUAUAAGAAAAGGGGUUGUUUUCAAAGAUAGAUGUCUGGCGCUUAGAAAAAAAUCUGAGGUCAUGUUUUUUCUUUGUAGAUGUGUCAUCUGUGACAUAUGUUAGUUAACAAGUUUCCCAGUCUGGUCUUUGCAGUUUGAAUCUUAGAUCAUACCUGAAUUGUGUGACAGGGGCGGGAAUUGUUAUCUGAUGUUUGUAAAUAAAUGUCUUAUGGCAUUGCAUAAUAUUAUAUACGGAUACCUGGUAUAAAUAAGGACAUGGUCUGUUCAGAUAACCUACAUUUUCAAAUAUUGGCGUCAGAAAAUGAACUUUACUGUAUAUGAGUAUAAAAUAUAAAGAAGUAAUCAAUGUUAUGUUUGCUUAUCAACCAAAAAUAUAACUAAUUUUAACCUAAUUAUUACACAUUUUUUUUUGUUUGCAGGAUGAUUUUGAAUUUGAAGGAUUCACCCCAAAAGAAGUUAAGGCAGCUGAGAAGAAACUCCAGUAUGCUAUUGAAAAUGAGAAACUGUGUCAGGAAGAGAAAACUCAGCAACAGAAGACAAGAUGUGAGAGAACACGGGCAACCCUUGCCAGCUUGACAGCUUGUGAUGAUAUUCCAAGGACUGUCUCCAACAUUUCAAAAUUUAAAAAAACAUACAAAAAAAUUGUAGAGACUGGAAUUGUUGUUAAAGCACGACGCAGAUUAAGACAAACAUUAGCUCAAGAUGUUGCUGAGGUAAAAGCUUUAUUUCCCACAGAGAAUGGUGCACCACACCCCAAAGUGAAUACUUUAGCUGCGCAUGUUAAAUUAAAGCCACCAAAUCAACAGCCAGUUUUCCGUAGACCAGUUGGGAGACCAAGUAAAAAAAGCGUUAACAAUUUAGGAACUACAGCUACUGACUAUCAAAAUGGAGUUGGUUAUGAUAACUCAACUGCUCCUGUAUCACUAUUCCCGCCAAAACCUUCAUCAAAGUAUAAGCAUGCAGCUAAACAGAUUUUGGCUAGAGCAACUAAGCAAGCUGCUAUCUCCAGCACCAGACACCUCAUGGCACCCACCCAUAAAGUUAGAAAAUUUGUUUUGCCCACAAAAAGUUCCAGAUCUUCUCGUGUGAUUAAACCUAACAAGAGGUUCCUUGAGGAUGACAGCAUCCAUGAGCUGGUUGCCAAACAGCCAAAACUCAGCCCCACUUUGCCCACUCCCGCAGCUACUUCCAACACCUCUAUCUUCGGUAUGCGCCUCUAUGAUGAUAAAUCAAACACAUUUUCAGUGUUUCAAACGCAUGGAUUAUCACUCUCACCUUUUAACAUGAACCGGGAAAAAGGUUUUCCAGCAUUUUCAGCAGCACCACAGCCAAGCGGCACAGCCAGUUUCACUGAUGGAAUCGGGAAUCAUAAGCCCUUGGGAUCUCUUGACCAGCCAUUAAUUAUUGAGGGCAAACGGCC